CGGGCCUUCCGCGGGUUCCCGAGAGGCCUAGGAGGUCGAGGUCGGGCGCGGCAGAGCGCAGGAGCUUCCGUGGGGUUUGGGACAGGAGGGCGCGCGCUCUUAAUCGCAGGUUCUGGGGAUUCCAGCGAAGGUUGACAGGUGCUGGCCUAUCCUGGACUCUAUUCUUGGCAGUGUUGGUGACUGAGCAGGCUGAAGUCCAGGGGAGCGCCAGCCGGGUCAGUUCCAUCCCUCCCUUGAGAACCUGGUUUCCUUACCUGCUGCAGAGAGAAGCAGCAGCCAGGCUCAGGCGCCCCAGGAAUGCACCAUGCCAAUAGUCGAUAAACUGAAGGAGGCUCUCAAGCCUGGCCGAAAGGACUCAGCAGAGGAUGGGGACCUGGGCAAGCUGCUGGCAGCCUCAGCCAAGAAGGUCCUUCUGCAGAGAAUUGAGUUUGAGCCGGCCAGCAAGAGCUUCUCCUACCAGCUGGAGUCCUUGAAGAGCAAAUAUGUACUGUUGAACUCCAGGGCUGAGGGAGGCAGUCGCCACAGGAGUGGAGAUGAGCUUCAGGCCAGGAAGCCAGGCACCGAACGUGUGUCUGGAAGUGGAGGCGACGGAGUGCCUGCCCCACAGAAAGUGCUCUUCCCUGUGGAGCGACUGUCCUUAAGGUGGGAACGCGUUUUCCGAGUUGGCGCAGGGCUGCACAACCUGGGUAACACCUGCUUCCUGAACUCCACCAUUCAGUGCUUGACCUACACGCCGCCUCUGGCCAACUACUUGCUCUCCAAGGAGCACGCACGGAGCUGUCACCAAGGAAGCUUCUGCAUGCUGUGCGUCAUGCAGAACCACAUGGUCCAGGCCUUUGCCAACAGCGGCAAUGCCAUCAAGCCUGUCUCCUUCAUCAGAGACCUGAAAAAGAUUGCCCGGCACUUCCGAUUCGGGAACCAAGAGGAUGCGCACGAAUUCCUGCGGUACACCAUUGACGCCAUGCAGAAGGCCUGCCUGAAUGGCUAUGCUAAGCUGGAUCGGCAGACACAGGCUACUACCCUUGUGCAUCAGAUAUUUGGAGGCUAUCUCAGGUCCCGAGUGAAGUGCUCUGUGUGCAAGAGUGUCUCAGACACGUACGACCCCUACUUGGACAUAGCACUGGAGAUUCGGCAAGCUGCAAAUAUUGUGCGCGCUCUGGAACUUUUUGUGAAGUCAGAUGUCCUGAGUGGAGAGAACGCCUAUAUGUGUGCUAAGUGUAAGAAGAAGGUUCCAGCCAGCAAACGCUUCACCAUCCAUAGAACAUCCAAUGUCCUGACUCUGUCCCUUAAGCGCUUUGCCAACUUUAGUGGGGGGAAGAUCACCAAGGAUGUUGGCUAUCCAGAGUUCCUGAACAUCCGUCCAUACAUGUCGCAGAGCAGCGGUGACCCUGUCAUGUAUGGUCUCUAUGCUGUCCUGGUGCACUCAGGCUACAGCUGCCACGCUGGGCACUACUACUGCUAUGUGAAGGCCAGCAAUGGACAGUGGUACCAGAUGAACGACUCCUUGGUCCAUUCCAGCAAUGUCAAGGUCGUGCUGAACCAGCAGGCCUACGUGCUCUUCUAUCUUCGGAUUCCAGGCUCUAAAAAAAGUCCUGAGGGCCCUGUCUCCAGGGUGGGCACCACUCUUCCCAGCCGUCCCAAGGUCAUUCCAGAUCACCCCAAGAAGAACCCUGGCAAUGGGGUCGUGUCCUCCCCACUGAUGGCAAAGCGACAAGACUCUGUAAUGAUGAGAAAGCUGCCAGCCCCUGAGGAGGUUGGCAUGCCUGUGUCCAGAAGUGGCUCCGUUCCUGGUCUGAAGUUACAGAAUGGAUGUGCUCCUGCAAAGACGCCUGCCGGGUCCCCCUCCCCAAGACUCACUCCAACACCCACACACCUGCCCACCAUUCUGGACGAGCCUGGAAAGAAGGUGAAGAAGUCAGCCCCACCACAGUCUCUCACCUCAUCUCCAACCACUUCUCAGGGCUCUCCUGGGACCGGUGAAUCCAGGAGCCAGCGGCCUGGCUCCUGGGCAAGCAGAGAUACCAUCUUCUCUACCUCACCAAAGCUCCUGGCCAAAGCCAUUACUAAUGGGCACAGGCUGAAGGGGGACGGCACUGGUGUGGACCUGGAGAAAGGGGGUUCGAGCAGCUCAAGCCCAGAGCACUCUGCCAGCAGUGACCCUGCCACGGCCCCUCAGACCUCAGAGGGCAGAGCUACACAUGUCUGUGAUUCUCAGGGAACAAACUGUCCCGCCACUGGCCAUCCCAAAGCGCUGUUGAAUGGAGUAGAUGCCAAGAUGGUAAAGUUGAAGUCCCCUGCCUUGAGCAGCACCUCUACCGAGCCCACAAGCCUCAUGUCUCCUCCACCAGCCAAAAAACUGGCCCUGUCGGCCAAGAAGGCCAGCACCCUGCGGAGGGCGACCGGCAAUGACAUCGGUUCACCUUCCCCCUCAGCAUUCUGCGACCUCACCUCCCCCAUGAAAGCCACCCACCCCGUCGUUGCCUCCACUGGGCCUGUCAGUAAAACCAGGGCUGCUGCGCCUGCUCCCCGACCAUCCACCCACCCCCACUCUGCAUCACUGUCCAGUAGUAGUGCCAAGCCCUUAGGGACAUCAGAGCCACAGAGCUGCUGCCCCUCUGCCUGGACGCCCCUGCCUCAGGUCAAUGGACACUUCACGUCCCACUUACACCCACUGCCAGAGGCCAGUGAGGCCCUACACAGUCCCUCCAGAAAGAGGAAAAAGACCCCUAAUGGAGAUCCCCAGAGACUGGGCCUAGACACCCUCCUCCCACAGUGCCUCAGGGGAGCACCUGCCACAGCACGCAGGAAGAGAAAAAAGAAGUGCCUGGAGGGGGUGGGUGCCACAGCUCCCCAGCAGGAGAGCCAGCCUCAGGACCAGCCUUGGAGUUCCAGCUGUGGGGAGGAAGAGGGUAUGCAGCCCCAGGUAAACGGUCAUCAAGUGAGUCCCAUUCUGGACAGUAACCACACGAGCAGCAGGAAAAGGAGGAAGAGGAAAAGGUCAGAAGCACUCAGUCAAGAAGCCACCCUGUCCCAGGACCUCCUUCAGCACAGCUGCUCCCCUGCAGACCACAGUGAGCCUGAGGCCAGGACAGAGUUGCAGAAGAAGAAGAAGAAGAAAAGACGAAAAAGAAGGCCUGAGCCACAGCAGGAAGAAGAGAGCGAGCACCCAGAGCGCCAGAGGAGCCCAAGGCUCAGUGUCACCCCAGCCCCUGAGUUGAGUGUGAAUGGCCAUCUUCCUAGUGAGCGCUUGGGGCUGGGACAAGUACCUCUCGUUACCUGGAACAGAAGUCAAGAACCCGAUGUGGUCCAGGAGUUGCUUCAGGACUCAUCUGAUACGGCUUAUGGGAGAAAAGUUCUGACCUGGGACGGGGAGCCUUCAGCCGUCAGUCAGGACGCCAUCAAAGACAGCAGAUUGGCCCGGACCCAGACCGUGGUUGAUGACUGGGAUGAAGAGUUUGAUCGCGGGAAGGAAAAGAAAAUCAAAAAGUUCAAAAGAGAAAAGAAGAGAAACUUCAAUGCCUUCCAGAAGCUUCAAAGUAGACGCAACUUCUGGUCUGUGACUCACCCAGCAAAGGUUGCCAGCCUCAGUUACCGCCGCUGAGCUCGCUGCGGUUGGUAGAGGUAGACCAGUGUGCCAGUGCCACAGUAUCCAGAGCUGUCACAUCACAUCCUUGGAACUGUCUACUUGGGUCUGAGAAGCAGCCUAGUGCAGUCUCCACUGCACUGAGCCUGCCAUGGUUGGAGGCUCCCGGUCGCACUGUUGACAGAUGAUCCAGUGUAGAUGCUCACAGGUGAUUUCAUGUGGAACCUCACAAGAGAAAACCUGGCCUGUGGUGUCGUGCUGACAGAAACCUUGGAGACCUCUAGAAAGGUUGAGCAUCUUCCUCAUAGACCCUGGGGUCUAGGUAGGAAAACUGUCCCUGCUCUGGGUCUGUCUGACAAGGAACUGAGGCCAGCAUCUCCCAGCAUGUCCUUGGCUCAGAAUGGUGACAUUUGGUGGUGCCUUUUCUGGUGAGCCUUCCUUUCCUCUCUGAAGCUGGAGCUGUCUCGGGGCUCUCCUCAGAGGGACCUCUGUAUGACUGACUGUCGGCUGCAGCAAGAACAAGCCCUGCUGACUGCACUGCCCCCACCCCCACCCCCAAAGUGCAUCUCCUUGAAAGAGCGCCACACCUUCUAGAAAGCUGCAGCUGCUGGGCAUGGGAGAAUCUUGAAAUAAUACGUGCCAGCCCCUCUGCUUCUAAGGCUGCCAGCACUGCAGGGAGACUGUGAAGCUCCUACAUCUGCCAUAACCUGUGGGUCUCUGUAAGGUGGCGGUCUUUGGAGACGAAUUCUCCGUUAUUUUACUACUUAACGAUAAAGCCUUUAUUUUUGACCAGGCCUGUGGCUACCAGUAGCAAUAUGUUUCCCUGAUAUGCAGACACUGGCUUUGUUUGCUCAAUUUUGUGAGUGCUUUGAAAUUGACAUGGUUGCCUUCCCUGUCUUGCUCAAGCUGCCCCUGUAGGCUUAGGGUUAACAAACAAGACUCCUCAACGAGGGAAGACAUCACCCAGAAGAUGGAAGGUACCAGAAGGUUCCUCUUCAUGGGGUGCAUCUCUUUGUUCCCAGAGUCCUAGCCUGCUCUGGGCUGGGCUUCUUAGGCUAGGCCUUUUGGGAGGGGCAGGGCUGCCUUCUCAUUCCCACGUGUAGUGUUCUGUUCAGCUGCCGGCUCAGGGUCUCACUUGCUUCAGAUGUGGGAAAAAAGACUUGUGUUCUCCAUGGCCCAGAGGUGAGGUCAUGUUUCCAUGUGGGUGUUUCCUUCCUGUUUGUUUCUUUCCCUUUAGAAGAAAGGAGAGAACAGGGCUCCAUGGUGGGUCCGCUGGGUGAGUUUUCCAGCUAAAUGUGAUCGUCUUUAUGUGGUCGCUGUUCUGAAUUAUUAUGUCCAGGCAUGCUGUGGGCUCCGUGUUAUCUCGGAGGGAGGCAAGCACCUCCAGAGGCAGGGAUGGUCUCUUCUCCUGAGGUACUGCCGUCCUUCCUGUAGCAGCUGCUUCUGGGGUGCAUUUGUUUUCCUUACAAUGUUCUCUAGUAGAAAGCUGUAUUGCUGCCAGCACAGAACUGAUCUGUCUCCUGUGUCUCCUCCAGACUGGCUCCUUUGUGCACUAGAUUAUACAGUAUAAAGUCUCCUCCAGGAGCAUAUGUCCUCUGCCUCUGGGGCAGUCAUGAUCCCCCAUCUGCCACCCUGACUUCUGGCAGCGUGUGUUGUUGUCAGUGAAGGCAAGUCCUUUCCUUCCUUAGAAGCCAUUAGGAACAGACCAUGGGUGGAAUGAGUUCUUGGUGACGGACUGACAAAUAGCUGAAGCUUUUCUAAAAGUAGUCAUUUUGUUAAAUCAAAUCAGUUUGAACUUUGUGCUGUGCUUGGCGGUAGAUGUGGCGAGGCCCACUUGCAGAGGGCCACCCCUCCUGGUGUUUCUGUUCUUGCGCAACUGCCUGUUAGGGGCUCUUUCCAUCCAACAUCCUGUGUGGCUGCGUCUGUAUGUGUGCAGGAAUCCCCGUACUCUUCCACUUCCUCUUCAGGGUCCCCAGAUAUUACCAAAAUCUUGGUGCAAUAAAGUAAUGCAUUUUUUUGUGA